UAACGAUGCUGUUGGCUCUGCCUCCCUGUAUAUUGGAUGCACUAGUUACGGUGUCAGCGGUUCGUAGUGACAUCGUCCCUCGCCAGAGCUACUAUUUUGCGUUAGCGUUUUGCGACAGGUCCUUGAUACCAUCCAUGCCUUCAAUAUACUCCCGUAUGGGACAUAUACGUACCAUCGCCUCAUGCCGAGAAGCUCUCAGGACUUAAAAGAGGCCUCUACGUGUCCAGAAGUCAGAGUGGUUCAUGUGUUCCGACGCGCCUUUAAUUUCUCUCCAACGAUGAGGUCGCAGUUGCUCUCUCUUACUGUUUGGUUGCUCGCUCACAAAGUCGUUGGGGCUGCUCUAGGGAAAGCUCCGGAAUUUGCGACCGUCGUCACGCCCAGAACUGUUCUGGCGAAUAGCUAUGAUUUCAUCAUUGCUGGCGGGGGGAUAUCUGGGCUAACUGUUGCUGAUAGACUGUCAGAGGACCCAUCAGUCAAGGUCUUGGUUAUCGAGGCCGGCAUUUUCGAUCAGGAUGAAGACAACAUCUUGAUUCCAGGACAGUUUUUCACCCCGUUCCCAUUCCAGUACAUGUAUCUUCCGUUGCCCAGCGUUCCACAGACGGCUUUGAACAACAGGUCAUUCAAUGUGCCGGCUGGGAAGGUGGUUGGUGGUGGCUCGGUCCUCAAUGCUAUGGUGUAUGUGAGACCUGGAGUAGAGGAGCUUGAUGCAUGGGAGCUUCUGGGCGCAAAAGGAUGGAAAUGGAACGAUUUGCUUCCCUAUUACAAGAAGAGCGAAAAUUUCACCGCUCCAGAUCCUGCAUAUGCAGCUGCUGCGAACUUUUCAUUUGAUCCCUCAGUUCAUGGGACAACCGGGCCAGUGCAGGCUUCAUUUCCGAGCUUCCACUUUGAAGGAAGUGGCAUUUGGUUUGAGGCCGCAAUCUCAUCAGGCCUUCGUGCUGGCGGUGAUCCACAUGCUGGUGAUGGCUCAGGCGUAGUCUAUGUCCCCUCCGUUACCUCUGGGACCACGAGAACUAGAAGCCAUGCUCGACUGAACCAUUUCACACGUGUCCAGCCGAGAUCAAACUACCACAUUCUAGCCGGGCAUACCGUUGCCAAAGUGCUGUUCGAUAACACCAAGAAGGUGACUGGGGUUGAAUAUCUACCAACUGGAGGCGGGGAGCGUCUUACAGCUCAAGCCACAAAGGAGGUUCUCCUUGCGGGAGGCGCCGUGCAUACACCUCAGAUCCUGCAGCUUUCCGGAAUUGGUCCAAAGAAGGUUUUGAACAAGUUCAAUAUCCCAAUCGUGGUCGAGCUUCCCGGCCGAGCUCUUUACGAUGCAACUCGCCAAGGUCCUUACCAGCUUACUCGUGGUCUCAGCACCAACCUUGCGCUCCCUCCCCUCUGCAACGCAACUUCUGAUUGCAAAUCCAUCGUCUCUGCGGCUCGCAGAACCAACCCCUUUCGAUACCUUCCUGAUGAUACCCACGCCACCGUCAAAGCAGGCUACGCUCUUCAACGCGAAAUCAUUCUUCGCCAACUGGAAGGCCCCAAGACUCCCGUGUCGAUGAUUCAUUGGGAUACCGCCAACUCCGUCAGGAUGUACUUCUUCAAGCCUCUGAGCAGGGGGACUGUUCAGAUCAACUCUACCAAUCCACUCGAGUGGCCACUGAUUGACUUUCGUACAAACGUUGAUCCCAUUGAUGAGGAUUUGAUUGUGGCCUCGUUCCUCAAAAACAGACACAUCAUGUCUCAGCCCAGCAUGGCUGCGUUGAAUCCCCUUGAGGCCGCACCGUUUAGCAACGACAUCACUGAUAAGAAUAUCCUCAAGCAAAUACUGAGAGGGGUCACUGAGCCGUCGAGUGCCCAUCAGUGUUGCACGGCAGCCAUGAUGCCGAGACUAAUGGGCGGCGUGGUGAACUCCAAAAUGAAGGUGUAUGGCGCCAGGGGCUUGAGAGUGAUUGAUACGAGCUACUGGCCUAUUGUCUUGACUGCUGCACCUACAGCCACGACUUAUGCUUCCGGCGAGAAGAUUGCGGACGCUAUCAAGGCGGAAUAUGGGCUACAGAGUCUCUAAUGACCGCUGGGAAAGAGAAGCAUGAUUAGCAUGUCGGUAUUGCUUUGUUAUAUUUCCCGAUAGGUACUGCUGCCUUUCAUGCGGUUAUUUCUACAGUCCAUUCCCACCAUUCAUGUGCGCCAUGACGCCUCCGGCAAACCCUAAAAAUGCUACCAUAAAGCCCCCAAUAGCAAAGCCUCCUUGCACAUCCCCUUGGCUAACAAGUGUGGCCCAAACCACCGCUGUGAAAAGGCUGAGUCCGAACCCAAUGCAGCCAUAGAGAAGCAUAGCCGGCCAGUUCAUGCCCUCUUGAAGGUACAGGCUCCAGCCUAACCCAACCCCGUUUAUUGGACAAGGCUUUAGUGGGUUGUCAACCUUUUUGGGCACUCGUCUGAAGAGAAUCGGCAAAGGCUCGGCGUGCGACGGAUGAGAAAACAGAUGCAUG